AUGCUGCGCUUCACCUUGCCGGCACUUGCGGCCUUUGCAGCAGCACUCUGUGUGACAGUGGCGCUCAGAUCGGAGCACCAUCCGGUGUUGUGGCACGAGCACCCAACGAGCUCGGCCGAGAAGAUUCAGGAGCUGCUGACGACCAGCUUGGUGGCGGCCACAGCCGAAGUGGAGAGCAGCAGGGAAGAGCCCGGCGAUGCCGAGGCACAGGAGCGGACGCUUAGAGAGCGGAUUGCCCGCAUCAGGGAGGGCUGGCAGGGCACCAGCGCAAGCGUUUGCCAUCAGCAGCUGGGGCGGUUGAUGAACAAUCUCACCCUUGCUUGUGAGAGCUUGCCGGGGAAAGCCGACUGGCUUCUCGACUACCUUCCGGACUCCUACAUUCUCCCUAACAAGACCUGUGCGGACAGCGUCAGCGACAUCUUCGCAUUGGGGAGCGAUCUCGUGGAGACGCUUCGCGUUUCCAGAGAUGCUGUGGCCUCUCUCGAUGUGGACAGCAAAACCCUCCUUCGAUACCAAGCGCUCUCCUUUCUGAGGAGCUGGCUGGUGAACUUGACCGAGACUCGUCAUCGUGCGCUACUUUGGGCAGGUUUCUGGGACGGGGACCCCGAGAACCGCACGACCAUGACGACGCUCUCCAACUUUGCCAAGGCCAUAGAGCACGCAACCGUCCAUCCGGACAGCUUCUUGGGCCAAGCCAUCGAUGCGAGCCAGGUCCUGGACGCCUGCUACAAGGACCCCCAGACCAGCGCGCUUGCAGCAAACAUGUGGUCAAUCGGAAGCAUGAGCUUCGUGCUCGGGAUGCACGAAAGUGCACAGGGAACGGUCAUCGCACUGGUCAACAAACAGAUCACGGGCGAGCGUAACUUGUCAGAGUCCGUGCUGUCCACGCAUGAGAUCCCAACAGUGGGGCUAGCAGCCUGGGGCCUCGGUUUCUGGUCUCCGAAUGUGAUCGUCGUGGACCUCAUGGGCACCUGUGAUCAGACGAGCCCCGCGCUGCAGAAGCGGCUCCUCGCCCGCCUGCCAUCUUGGGCCAAGUCCAUGACGAACUGGAGCCCAGAAGCCUUCGCGACGAGGUCGCGGCUCCGGUGGCAGUGCAUCGACUGCGCUGGGCACUGCAGCCUGGAUGUGGCCUUGGCAGAGCAUGUGGAGAAACUCGUGGAGGCCAAAGCGGAGCAGGACCGGAAGGACGGGGAGCUCCUUGAGGCCGUGGACACUCACUGUCAGCCAGCGGCCCCCGUUGAGACCGGUCUCCCUACAGAGACUGGGUUGCUGUUGCUUGAACGUCUGAAGCGUUCGCUGUGGAAGCAUGGAGACGUGGGCAAGUUUCUGGAGGUGCAGGGAGUGAAAGAAAUUUUGCUGCGGGACCUGCACGACCGACGCUCGAAGGCGCUUGUAAAUCAGAAGCUCGACAGCCCGGAGAGGCAACUGCAGGUGGAGCAACUCCUCCGCCAGAACGCCGAUCCGAACGCUCCGGACCGGCUCGGCAACACAGCCCUCUUGUGCGCCGCAGCGCAAGGACAUCCGGAGCUGAUUCAGCCCUUGCUGGAUGCCGGAGCCCAGCUGGAGGUCUGCAACCGGAUCGGCGCCACAGCCCUCCUAAGUGCCGCGGAAGAGGGCCACCUAGAAGUGGUCGAGGCAUUGGUGAAGGCCGGGGCCCAGCUGGAGGUCCGCAAUGAUCGAGGCGGCACUGCCCUGCUGAUCGCUGCGGCCGCUGGCCACGUCAAAGUUGUCGAAGCUUUGCUAGAGGCCGGAGCCCAGCUGGAGGCCCGCAAUGCGAUUGGCGAAACAGCCCUCAUACAUUCUGCGAAAGUGGGCCAGUUGAAAAUCGUCGAGGCCUUGGUGAAGGCCGGGGCCCAGCUGGACGCCCGGAAUGAGCAUGGUGCAAAAGCCUUGACUUUCGCAAUGGCCAACGGCCACUUCGAUGUGGUCAAGGCGUUGGCCAAGGCCGGUGACGCUCAUGCUCCAGACAAUGCGGACCGGUCGGGACAACCUGAUGGAGCAUCGUGA